UUUGUGAAGUACAUUAAUGACUACAAACUAGCCAAAACACUCAAGACAAGAUUUAAACUGACGAGGCUCACAAUGAAGUUGUUGACGUUUUUAACAUUGGUUGUUACAGUGUUAGGGGACGAGUCUUCAGUUUGUUUUAACUGUCAACAAACAUUUGAACUAAUUAACCAGCUGUCAGCAAAGGGUCAAUGUCAGAAGACAAAGUCAGCUUCUGGAGAAGAUUGGACGCUUACAUUUCGUGGCACAGCUUACAUAGGGAAAUCUGUUUAUGAAGCCUAUAAGGACGGCACUGGGAUACCGAGUGAAGUGGAGCCGGGAUGUAAACAGGUGACAGAGCCACUGCCCUGCACCAACCACUACAGAAACAAAGAAGUGUUCGACAACUGGGACCGUGUAGAGAAAGUCGCCUUCAUUGUAUACUCCGAUUACAAAAAAGUUCAUGAAAUUUUGUUUGACGGCUCAAGAUCAACCUACAUGGACUGGUUCGACAAGACUAGGGUCAAGUUUUCUACAUGGAACCAAAUUAAAACAGACGUCACUAACUUCUUCUCAAUUGAAGGGCAAAUAGUGCCAGGUGUUGCAUUGAUGAGAACCUUCUUCGUCAACAGCAUUUACGAUGGAUGUCCAAAUGACAAAGGUUGGUUCGUCGCUAUAGAUAGAGCUGGAGGCUUUUGUGACUGGGAGAAAACCAGCACAUUUCCAGUCUUCAAAUACGCCAGACAGAAUCAGGCAGAAAACUGGAACACUGGCGAUGUGGGUAUAGCUGACAUGUUUGCGAUCUUUGUUAAAUACCACGACAUGCCUUGAUAUCGUGAGGUUAAUGCCCUACAUUUUUCAGACUAAAAUAAAUC